AUGUCAACGUACAGCCAGCUUGUAGAGCACAUGCUCGCACAGUAUUGCCCAGUGCGUGUUCCAGCCUCUGCCAGCCCUCAUCACCGAGCACGGAACCCCGCGCGGCGGAACGUCCUCGGCCUGGACAGACCCACCGACAACGCAAUGCUGUGGCUCGCGACGCUGGUUGUCAAGGGGGCUGACCAGGAUAUGUUCGGGCGGGCCAAGAUGUCGGCGUGGGUGGAUAGCAUCAGCGACUCCGUGAAGUCCGUAGGGUCCGAUAUCGAGUGGCAGCGUCUUGACAGUGGUGAACACUCGCAGGAUCCGCUGGGUUGUUAA